AUUCAUUUGUGUGUCCCAGGGCCCCUUCAUUCUUCUCAUGCCGGCUUGGUGUUCGAGGCCUCCCCCUUUGAGGUGGAACGCACCUCUUGGGCGCCUCUGAACCCACACGGGGCAGUCAGGAGGAAGGUGCGAGUCGGGGGGCGACGCAGCACGUGCAUCGACGCGCGGCCCCAGGGAGGCCAGAGCAGGUGGGCCGCUCCGGCCAUGUGGGCAGCCUCUUGUCAGGGGGGUCCCCGAGUUCGUCCUGAGGUUGCUGUCGCUCCGCUGGAAGUGUCAGCGCCCCUGGGCAAGGUCCUGGCAAGUGAGCCCCCGGCAGCGCCCUGCGACUGCGAGGAGGGGCCAGUCGUCGAGCACCCGGCUCCGCUCCCGGGGAAGAACCCGUUCAACCUGUCGCAGAACUUCGUCGGUCGGCUUGGUGGCGCUUUCUCGUUCAUGUGCACGCUGACGAUGGAAGGCAUCGAUAGCUGGACGCGCGUGUUCGACUUCUCGCUCCAGGCUGACGAGGACAGCAUCACCGCUGGAGCUAUCGACCUCACGAACCACCUGCACUUCACCGUCUUCCGGGGCAAGAAGCCGAUCAGCGUGCGCGUGGACAACUUCUUCGAGCUCGGGAAGGAGUUCACCAUGCUGUGCACGGUAUCGGACGCCGGGCACAUGCGGGUGUUCAAGGACGGCGUGCUGGUGGGCGAGAACCCCGACGGCUUGGCCCCCCUGUGCAUGGAGAGGCCGCGCAUGUUCGUGGGCGGCCAUUUCCAGUACCACAACCAGUCCUUCCGCGGCAGUAUCAGCGGCGUCAAAGUCUGGAACCGGGAGGUCCUCCCCGAGCCAGCGCCGGCGGCCGCCCCUGCGUGCGCGGAGGGGGGCGCCCUGGGCGCGGAGGCCGCGGGCGGGGGCUGCGGCGGAGCCCACGGAAGGGAGGUGGCGAGGGAGGCGGCGAGGGAGAUGGUGGGUAGCCUCCGCGACGCCUCGCUGAUCGCAGGAGCGCAGUAG